AUGGCUGUUAAAGAGGUGGAGACCAAAGCGAUGAUGAAAGAGAGACAAAAGAAAGACAACCACAACCUCAUCGAGAGGAGGCGGAGGUUCAACAUCAACGAUCGGAUCAAAGAACUCGGAGCGCUCAUCCCCAAAUCCAGCGACCCGGAAUCGAGGUGGAACAAAGGAACCAUCCUGAAGGCGUCGGUGGACUACAUCCGCAAACUACAGAAGGAACAACAGCGAGCCCGAGAGAUGGAGGAGAGACAGAGGAGGCUGGAGAACACCAACCAGUCCCUGUUACUCCGCAUACAGGUGGGCGGGGGGGGCGGGCGUAGUUCCAGAGACAACCUAUAG